UAAAUUAUAAGUUACGAUAUUAAAAUCAAAAAUUUUUAAAGAUGUUUAUUAUACAAGAAGUAAUGAAUACGCGAUGAACAACACUACGGUACAAUUAUGGAGAAUGCAGUUUCUACCGGCAAACAAUAAGAAAGACAAUUGCGAGUAUAAACGACGUAAAUGCAAGAAAGUGAAGAGUGAAAAAUUUUCUAGUGUUUGUAAAGCCGCGCCAAAUCAUCUGUCAGAAUUUGCAUGCGCGUUAAUGGACUAUUUCUGUGAAGUUGCUAAAUUAAUUUCUUGCGAACCUGAUACACAAGUGUGUAAUACUUUAGUGGAAUUGAUGCGUAUUGUUACAAUACUAGGCCAUGACAUUUUUAUCGUUUUAAAAUGUUUUUGUCGCUGCUGUCGACGGCUGAUGAACAAACGAAAGGUUAUGGAAGUCAAUUGAGUGACACAAAAUGGCAGCUUCCAGUCGAGUAUCGAUACAAGAUGGCGGACAAGGGAAUGUCAAACUGCAUCCGUAUUUCGCGGCGUUGAUACGUUGGUGUAUUUCAUCAAUAUGGACGACGGCAACUCUACUCCUGCACAGAUUGAUGACAGCUCCAGUGCAACCGAUUACAGGACCGAAGCUCCCGAAGCCACGUCCUGCUAGUUCAGAGCAUCUGCAUCCGGAGCCUCUGGUAGAGUGUGUUGUGCUGCACCAGCCGCCGACACACACACUAGACGUCAUCUUCGUUCACGGACUUUAUGGUUCAUUAGGUAAUACAUGGCGUCAAGGUGAAUGGAGAAUUAAUUAUAAAACUGAUCCAAUAAAAGUACCUCUACGUCGACCUCAUUCAAUACCGACUGCAUGCGCUUGUAAGUGGGACAGAGAUGAAAAAACUACAAAUAAAUGUCAGUGCGAUUUCUUAAACGAUUCAAAAGUAACAAAUAAAAUCGAUUAUAACGAUAAAGGGAUUGAAGAUGAUGAAAUUUAUGAGAAGUAUCGUAAAGUGUUGCCAGAUGAUGAUUUGUUCAUAACAGAGAAGUUUUAUAACAACACUUUACUAGAUCAAGUUGAGAUUGUUGGUAAUUUUGAAACGCAAGCGAAUUUCGUUCGAGAUCUAUUCGAGAAGAAUUGCGAAGACGAUGUAACAAAAGUGAACUGUCAAUGUCAAAGUGACAGAUGUCUUGGUUGUGGUUGUACAUGUGAUGAUUGUUAUUCUCCUUGUUGGCCGAGAGAUUGGAUUAAAAUUGAUUUUCCAGGAGCUAGAGUUUUAUCUGUUAAUUAUACUAGUGAUCCAUAUUUAUGGCGACCAUUGUGGAAAAAAGAAAGCAAGCGGCAAAGGUUACAUGAACGUGCAGAUCAAAUGAUGGAACAACUAUUAUCUCUAGGCGUUGGAGACAAACCUAUCGUAUGGGUGGGACAUUCAAAAGGAGGGUUGUUUAUUAAACAGAUUUAUUGUGAAGCGUAUGAAGCUUAUUUAAAAAUAAAUAAUACUAAAGCAAAUAACGAGGAAAAUAAACAUUCAACUGAAAAUAACAUAGAGGAUGUUCUAAAUGGGAAUAUUGAUAAAGUAAUAGAAAAUAAUAAUAUUAUAAAAGAAAAUAUCGCGAACGAAGCUAAAUUGAGCAAUUUAAUCAAUUAUGUAUUUAGAUUUCAAAAUAAUAAAGACUUAGAUAAUAAACUACAAGAUAUAAGAAUUGAAGAACAAUUGGAAAAUAAUAGAACUAAUUUAGACGAAAAUGUUGAAAGUAACAAUGCCAAAGAUAAAGUUAUGUUUUCUGAUGAUAAAGAAGAUUCUCUAGAAGUAUUAAAGAGAGCCAACCUGUGGCGUAACAGUGUGGGGUUUAUGUUCUAUUCUGUACCACAUCGUGGCUCUCCAUUAGCUGAUAUAAAGACGCCGAUUACUGCUAGAAGUAUAGAAUUACUGGAAAUAUGUAAAGAUUGUUCUUUAUUAAUGGAUCUGCAAUCUCGAUGGUUACAAGCAACAGAACAAUCUCAGCCUGCCGUCAACAGUCUAGUGGAGACUUGCAAGACUCUUAUGUCUUUACUCUGGCUUAGGAUCGUCAGUGUUGAUUCUGCUGACCCAGGCAUCGGCGCUCUAUCCGGUGUCUCAGUGGACCACAGAGAGAUCUGCAAACCUUCCAGUAGGAAGUGUCUUUUGUAUCGUGAAUUAAAGAUUCUCAUACAAAACGCUCUUAACAAACAACAACGUUAGUGACAAGAUCUGUCAAGCGAAAAAAAAGACCUAAACUUGUUUGCUCGUUUUUUUUGAGUCUGUAUGCGUUCGUAAAAAUUAAAUUUUACA